AGCAGCGUUAAAUUGAUUUUAGUGCAAGCGUUAGCAGGUGUAACAUAUAUCAAAAAAUAGAAUCAAUUGUGUGCAAGACUGUGUCUCAGCAUGUUGCGUUUGCUAUUGGUCACACUUGUGCUUUGUUGUGCGUCGACUCGCAGCGCUGUGACGUCACAUUCGAGGGUUGCUCGCCUUGAGCUGCCGUCGCCAGCCACAUUGAUGUCCAGCAGCGUAGUUCAGAAUUGGAGUUUGGUGUGUCAAGAGCUCUGCGGUGCUCGCCUAGGCGUUGCGCCCUGUGCCAAAUACUGCGCAACGCCUGCCCAGGCGGAUGCGACUGCAGAUGCGCUGGCAACGAGCAGACUGAAUACAGUUUUUAAUUUAAAUAAAUGCGAGCAACUGCAUGGAAAGCAAACGGACUCCGAGUGCAACGAUGCGAUUAAAGUGGAUCUAAACGAAUCCCUUGGUGAUCGACUCUGCUCGAGCUAUUGCCAACAGUGUCGACGCACGCUCUCCGGCUGCAGUCCAUGUCAGUACUCGGAUGUUUUGAGUGAGGUCAGCUUAGAGCAGAGCAAAGCUUCACACGGUUCCAGGGCUGCUCCAGCUUCAGCUGCUGAGUACGCUAGCGAUGCGGAUACGCCGGAUUGGAACGAACUGUGCAAGUCGCUCUGCAAAACUGGCGAUGGCGGGUCUUUGUGCAACUGUGAUUUAUCGCCAUUUUUCAGUUAGGCGCAAGUCUAAGCUGUAAGUGCAUAAAUCACAAAAAAAAAAAA